ACAGCAUUAAUAUUUGGUAUGUUUGGAGAAGUUGGCAACACCUUAAAUAUUUCGAUUUUUCUUUCUAAUUGCAUUUUUCUGUGGAUAGACGUUGGUAUUUUAUGAGAAAAUAAAAAUGACAGCAGCAGCAUCUCUCAACCCAGUCCACAUUCUCAAAGGUGAUGCAGAAGAGGAAAAGAGAGAAGAUGCAAGGCUAUCUUGCAUUUUUGGAUCAAUCGCCAUUGGUGAUUUGCUCAAGUCCACCUUGGGUCCAAAAGGAAUGGACAAAAUGUUAGUUUCUGAAGGAAGAAGAAUGGGUGGAUCUGUAGAGUUAACAAAUGAUGGAGCUACUAUCUUAAGGAGCAUUGGUGUAGAUAAUCCUGCUGCAAAAAUUCUUGUUGAAAUAUCUAAAGUCCAAGACAAAGAGGUUGGUGAUGGGACUACUACUGUGGCAGUUUUAUGCUCAGAAUUUCUUAAAGAGGCUGAUAAACUUCUUACUUUAAAACUACAUCCUCAAACUAUCAUAGCUGGUUUUCGAAAGGCUGCAGUGGAAGCUAAAGCAGCAUUGAGGGAACAUUCUUAUGAUAGAAGUUCCAAUCCAGAACAAUUUGAAGAAGAUUUGCUCAAUAUUGCUCGUACAGCUCUAAGUUCAAAAAUAUUAAAUCGACAUAAAGAUUUCUUUGCAAAGAUAGCUAUUGCUGCAGUAAAACGUCUAAACAAGAAUACAGAUCUGAAAGCUAUACAGUUCAUUAAGAAAUUAGGAGGUUGUCUUACUGAUUCUUUCUUAGAUGAUGGUUUUCUUUUGGAUAAGAAACCAGGAGUCCAUCAACCUAAAUUAGUUGAGAAUGCUAGAAUUCUUAUUGCAAAUACUCCUAUGGAUACUGACAAGGUUAAAGUUUUUGGUUCACGGAUAACUCUGGACUCUGUUGCUAAGCUUGGUGAUAUGGAAUUGGUUGAAAACCAGAAGAUGAAAGCAAAGGUUGAUGCCUUCUUGAAACAUAACAUAAACGUUUUCAUCAACAGACAGUUGAUAUAUAAUUAUCCUGAGCAGCUCUUUGCGGAUGCAGGUGUCAUGGCUAUUGAGCAUGCUGAUUUUGAAGGUGUUGAAAAAUUGGCUCUUGUGACUGGAGGUGAAAUCGUUUCUGACAUAGAACGUUGUGAAACUGUGAAGCUGGGAUAUUGUGACCGCAUUGAAGAAGUCAUGAUUGGAGAGGAUCAUUUGCUGAAGUUUUCUGGACUUCCUGUUGGUGAAUCCUGCACCAUUGUUCUUCGUGGAGCAACUGAACAAAUUCUGAAUGAAGCUGAAAGAGCAUUACACGAUGUACUUUGUGUUUUAGUAACAACUGUUAGUGAAAUCCUAAUUGUGCUUGGAGGGGGUUGCACAGAAAUGUUGAUGGCUCGGAGAGUUCUAGCAAAAGCAGCUGAAACAUCUGGAAAGGAAUCUUUGGCUAUGGAAGCAUAUGCUAGAGCUUUAACCCAGAUUCCAACCAUUAUCUGUGAUAAUGGUGGCUAUGAUAGUGCCCAACUUGUGACUGAGCUACGGUCAGCUCAUGCUGAGGGAAAAGUUACUUAUGGACUAAAUAUGACGGAAGGCAAGAUUGAUGAUAUGAUGAAGUUAGGAAUUAUAGAACCCUUCAAAGUCAAGAGUCAAGUGAUUAGUGGUGCAACUGAAGCUGCAGAAAUGAUUCUGAGGGUAGAUGGCAUUAUUAAAGCAGCUCCUAGAAGACGUAAUCCUGAUGAUAGGCAUUGUUAGUUCAGCAAAGGACAUUUGUUAGACUAUUGCAACAAUUUUUUUUACCUACUCAAGAAUAUCAUGAAUGCUUUUUUCUUUCUUGCAGUGUCUGCUGGUUACUGACAUCAUAUAUGUUUGCAUCUCACUAUUAAAACAUGAGCAGUCUGACUUAACCAAUUAUCAUUUGCCUUAAUUAUUUUCAUGGAACAUGAAAUAAAACUGCUUCUAUUCUUUGA